CCCCCGGCGGGGCGGGCAGGGCAGAGCCGCGGCCGCGCGCAGGCAGCCGCCGCCGCCGCCGCCGCCAUGGGCUGCACCGUGAGCGCCGAGGACAAGGCGGCCGCCGAGCGCUCCCGCAUGAUCGACAAGAACCUGCGGGAGGACGGCGAGAAGGCGGCGCGGGAGGUGAAGCUGCUGCUGUUGGGUGCUGGCGAAUCUGGGAAGAGCACCAUCGUCAAACAGAUGAAGAUCAUCCAUGAGGAUGGCUAUUCAGAGGAGGAGUGCCGGCAGUACAAAGCCGUGGUUUACAGCAACACCAUCCAGUCCAUCAUGGCCAUCAUCAAGGCGAUGGGGAACCUGCAGAUUGACUUUGGAGACUCCACCAGAGCGGAUGACGCUCGGCAGCUGUUUGCGCUCUCCUGCACUGCCGAGGAGCAGGGCAUCAUGCCGGAGGACCUGGCCAACGUGAUCCGGAGACUGUGGGCUGACAACGGGGUCCAGGCUUGUUUUAACCGCUCCCGAGAGUACCAACUGAACGACUCCGCUGCCUACUACCUGAACGACCUGGAGAGGAUAGCCCGUGCCGACUACAUCCCCACCCAGCAGGACGUGCUGCGCACCCGGGUGAAGACCACCGGCAUCGUAGAGACCCACUUCACCUUCAAGGACCUGCACUUCAAGAUGUUCGACGUGGGCGGCCAGCGCUCGGAGCGGAAGAAGUGGAUCCACUGCUUCGAGGGGGUGACAGCCAUCAUUUUCUGCGUGGCCCUGAGCGCCUAUGACCUGGUGCUGGCUGAAGACGAGGAGAUGAACCGCAUGCACGAGAGCAUGAAGCUGUUCGACAGCAUUUGCAACAACAAGUGGUUCACAGACACAUCCAUCAUCCUCUUCCUCAACAAGAAGGACCUCUUUGAGGAGAAGAUCGUGCACAGCUCCCUGACCAUUUGCUUCCCUGAGUACACAGGGGCCAACAAGUAUGACGAGGCGGCCAGCUACAUCCAGAGCAAGUUCGAGGACCUGAACAAGCGGAAGGACACCAAGGAGAUCUACACCCACUUCACCUGCGCCACCGACACCAAGAACGUGCAGUUCGUCUUUGACGCCGUCACCGACGUCAUCAUCAAAAACAACCUGAAGGACUGCGGGCUCUUCUGAGGGCCGGCACUGCCCAGGACCCCCGGCCACGCCGGCGAAGGAAGGACCGUGCCACCUCCCCACUCCUGCUUCUCUUUGGAUUCAUCCCUUUGCCCCCACCCCAUAAAGAGACUUUUUGGGUGCCAGCAUGGUGGCAGGGCCCGUGUCCCCCCCGCCGCCCUGGCUCGCCGUCCCCCCCCCUCCCCAUCCUCCUCCUCCUCCUCGCCGGCGUCACCCUUUCUGCCUUCCUGAGGAAAAUGAGGUUUUCAUCUUGGUUUUUAAACCCCCAAACCGCUCCAGCCCUCCCCUCCACCCUUCAUUCACUGUUUACAUUGCGAGUGUUGCUGGCACAGGGGGGGACGCGGGGGUCCCCUCGGGGACACCCACCUGGCCGCAAACACCACCGACAACAUUCCAUUUAGUAAACCAGAAAAGAAAGAAAAAAAAAAAAGAAAAAAAAAAAAAGGCAACGCUCCCCCUCCCCCUCCAAAAACGGCGCAAAAAAAAAACCCAAACUCACACCACACCGGCUGGGGCCAGGUUGCUUUUUAAAGAAAUAUUUUUACCAAACUAUUUAAAAGCAUCAAGUGCUACGUGGUGGCGGCGUCCUCCGUGGCCAGCCCACGCCCCCCCCCAACCGUGUGCCUUGGCGGGGUGAGGGGGGUGGUCCAUACCCCACUCCCCCUCACUGUCCCCCCACCUUGCCCCAAGGGACGGGCAGCCCCGGUGGGCAGCGGCUGGGCAGGAGGGUGGGCAGGGGGGUGCUGCCCGCUGCCUGUAUCCCCCCCCCCCGCUUCUCCCCCCCCCCCCCCUUUCUAAGCCUAGUUUUGUAGGGCUAGCUGUUGCGUUGGGCGAGGAGAGCCCGCUGUACAGAGCGGCCCCCGCUGUGUGUGUCCCCCUGCCUCCCAGUCCGUGGGUGGUGAUGGUGGGGGGGGGGGCCCCCUCAGCCGGUGCCCGCGGCCUCGCUUUUCCCACGGGAUGUUUUACCGACUUGUUCACAUGGUUUGAAAUAAUA